AGGCGCGGUUGAUGUCGCUCCUGCACACUUCACUGCUGCUGCAGAUUUCGGGACACAUUUCACUCCAAACACGUGAGUUUGUCCCGUAAAAGUGUGGGACAUGUCUGAGGAUCAUUACCUGGAGCUGAGCGAAAGCCCCGUCACCUUUGAGCACGCGUCCAGCGUCAACAACGUGUUCUUCGAUGAAGCCAACAAACAGGUUUUCGCAGUGCGUUCAGGUGGUGCCACAGGAGUGGUGGUAAAAGGUCCUGAUGAUAAAAGCAGCGUGGCUUUCAGGAUGGAGGACAAAGGGGAAGUCAAGUGCAUCAAGUUUUCUCUUGGAAACAAGAUCCUGGCUGUACAGAGGACCUCAAAGUCUGUGGAUUUCAUAAACUUCAUCCCAGAUUACCCGCACACAGAGUUCUCUCAGGAGUGUAAGACAAAGAACGCAAGUGUGCUGGGCUUCUGUUGGACUAACUGGAAUGAGGUCGUCUUUGUCACAGACCAGGGCAUCGAGUAUUACCAGGUCUUCCCAGACAAGCGCAGUCUGAAGCUGCUGAAGUCACAGAGCAUAAACGUGAACUGGUUUCAGUACUGCCCUGAGACCUCUGUGAUUCUCCUGUCCUCUACUGUCCAGGGCAAUGUACUGCAGCCGCUCACAUUCAGGAACGGGACAAUGUCUAAAAUGUCCAAGUUUGAGAUCGAGCUUCCUGUGGUCCCAAAACCGGCCAAACUCAGCCUGUCAGAGAGGGACGUCACCAUGGCAACUAUUUAUGGUCAGCUUUAUGUGAUGUACUUGAAGCACCACUCUCGCUCAGCCAACAGCCCCAGUGCAGAGGUCGUACUCUAUCACCUGCCCAGGGAGGGUCAGUGUAAGAAGGCACACGUCCUCAAGCUAAACACCACGGGAAAGUUUGCUCUAAACGUCGCUGACAACCUGGUGGUGGUACAUCACCAGAGCUCUCAGACGUCUUUGAUUUUUGACAUAAAGUUGAAGGAGCCGGACUGCGCCGUGACCCACCAGCCUGUACUGCCCGCGCGCUCCAUCGCCCCCUACAGGAUACCACUGUCUGGUCCUUCGGUGGUGCCCUCUCAGCCUCCUGUGCUCUGUCAGCUUUACUCUUCAUCGUGGAGUGUGUUUCAGCCCGACAUCAUCAUCAGUGCCAGUGAAGGUUAUCUGUGGUACCUGGAGGUGCGUCUCCCUCCCACUGUGCACCUGCUCCAAGACAAAGGCAAACUUAUGGACUUCCUCCUGAGACGCAGAGACUGUAAAAGGGUCAUCCUGUCUGUGUGUCAACAGAUUCUGGAGUCUGCAGAGAGGGGGAGCCUCCCCGUGGUGGCCACAGUGUUUGACAAACUGAACCAGGUGUACAAGGAGUACCUGGAGGCGGAGCAGAGCUAUUCUCAGGCGAUGGAGUCAGGGGCGAGAGGAGGAAACGCAGCUCAGAAACGACCAAUCAGAACGCAGGCUGUGAUCGACCAAUCAGACAUGUACACACAUGUGCUGUCUGCCUUCACUGAGAAGAAGGACGUGUGUCAUAAAUUCACCAUCGCCGUUCUCAUGGAGUACAUCCGCUCACUCAACCAGUGCCAGAUCACUGUACAGCACUAUCUGUACGAGCUGGUGAUCAAGACUCUGGUCCAACACGAGCUGUUCUACAUGCUGCAUCAGUUUCUCCAGUACCAUGUCCUCAGUGACUCCAAACCUCUGGCCUGUUUGCUCCUGUCUCUGGAGAGCACCUACCCCCCAGCUCACCAACUGUCUCUGGACAUGCUCAAGCGUUUGUCGACGGCGAAUGACGAGAUUGUGGAGGUGCUCCUGUCCAAACAGCAGGUUCUCGGCGCACUCAGAUUCAUCCGCUCUGUCGGGGGCCAUGAUAACAUCUCUGCUCGUAAGUUCCUGGACGCGGCUCUUCAGACCGGAGACCAGAUGUUGUUUUACACAGUGUUCAGAUCAUUUCAACAACGCAACCAACGCCUGAGAGGGAGUCCAGUGUUCAACCCAGGUGAACACUGUGAGGAACACGUGGCUCAUUUUAAGAAGCUGUUUGGUGAACAGGCCUUAAUGAAACCUGCAACUGUCUGAUACUACAACUACUACUAUGAUUACUACUACUCCACUUACAGCUGCUACUACUGCUACUACUUUUACUGCUACUACUGCUACUGCUACCUGGACCAAAACCAAAAUCUCCACCUGGUAAACCAUAGGACCUGUUGUAAUAAAAAUACUUGUUAAAUUAUUGUUAAAUAUUUGAACAGAACAUAUUUUGACACUUUGUUCCAAGAGGAUAUGGACCAGAAUGUUGCUAGGAGUGUUUCAGUUUGAUGAUGUACAGAAUGAAUGUAAGUGCUUUGUUUGUAAAUAUGUGUAAAAUAAAUCCAUUGUUGU